CAACUCACGGCGGUGGCGGCGGCGGCGGCGGCGGCGGCAGCUGCUAGGGCGCGGUGCGCUGGUGACUGAGCCCCGAGCCUGGCGGAGGGUGUGCGCCGAGCCCCGGCCCGGCCCGGCCCCCGCGUGCCUCCCAGGCUCCGCACCCCUGAUGCUGCGUGGGUGCUGAGCCCGCUCCGGCCGGGACGAUGGUGAAGUAUUUCCUGGGCCAGAGCUUGCUCCGGAGUUCCUGGGACCAAGUGUUCGCCGCCUUCUGGCAGCGGUACCCAAAUCCCUAUAGCAAACAUGUCUUGACGGAAGACAUAGUACACCGGGAGGUGACCCCUGACCAGAAACUGCUGUCCCGGCGACUCCUGACCAAGACCAACAGGAUGCCUCGCUGGGCCGAGCGACUGUUUCCUGCCAAUGUUGCUCACUCGGUGUACAUCCUGGAGGACUCUACUGUGGACCCACAGAAUCAGACCAUGACCACCUUCACCUGGAACAUCAACCACGCCAGGCUGAUGGUGGUGGAGGAACGAUGUGUUUACUGUGUGAACUCUGACAACAGUGGCUGGACCGAAAUCCGCCGUGAAGCCUGGGACUCCUCUAGCUUAUUUGGUGUCUCCAGAGCUGUCCAGGAAUUUGGUCUUGCCCGGUUCAAAAGCAACGUGACCAAGACUAUGAAGGGUUUUGAAUAUAUCUUGGCAAAGCUGCAAGGUGAGGCCCCUUCCAAAACACUUGUUGAGACAGCCAAGGAAGCCAAGGAGAAGGCAAAGGAGACGGCACUGGCAGCUACAGAGAAGGCCAAGGACCUCGCCAGCAAGGCGGCCACCAAGAAGCAGCAGCAGCAGCAGCAGCAGUUUGUGUAGCCAGUCCCCCACCACGACAGCACCCCAGACAGCUUGGCUUAGCCCCUCUACCCUCCCUCCAUUGUACUAUAUCAUUAAAAAUCAACUUCCA